GCUCAAGUGGCCCCUUCGCCAAGAACGUUCAGGUCUGGCGGGGCGGGGCCGCAUACUCCGCUGGGCCUCGCGGCGCGCGAGCUGUAGCGCGUGGGCCGCACGAGCAUGGGCAGCUGCUACUCCAUGACUGCACAGCAGACCAUGGUGUUCGAGCCUGUGCUUUCGCGUGACCUGUCGGCGGACAGGAUGCCGAGCAUCGGCAAGGAGCCCAGCAUUCGGCGGAGACAUUUCAUCAUAGACCGGACCGGCAUGAUAUCCGACACCUACGCGCUCGAAGAGGACAAGCUCGGGGAGGGGAGCUACGGAUCUGUUUCCCGCGCCACCCACAAGGCGACAGACAUGGUCCGUGCCAUCAAGACCAUCCCGAAGGAGAGGCUCAGGAGCACGGACCGCGUCAAGAGGGAGAUAGCCAUCAUGAAGCUUAUACGUCGACUGCCGGAUCAUCAAGCUGCACGAGACGUUCGCGGACGACGACAACAUUUACCUGUGCAUGGAGCUGUGCACGGGCGGAGAGCUCUUCGGCCGCAUCGUGCAGGAG